AAGUCUAUGUGCCAUUAAAACCAAGUACGGGGGUCAGCCGUGAAAAAUAAUGUGUCUUUGGGCAAGGCACUUCACCCUACUUGCCUCGGGGGAAUGUCCCUGUACUUACUGUAAGCUGCUCUGGAUAAGAGCGUCUGCUAAAUGACUAAAUGUAAAUAGGUAAACAAUGUCAAAGAUCAGAACCCUGAAUGAGAUUGGGCAGCUGGAGUCGUCUGGCUAUGGCGUGCCUUGGCCCAGACAUGGCCUGCAUCUACUAUACUGGUUCUGCAACGACUACGUCUCCUUUGACAACAACGGAGACCUAGUGGCCUUAGAACACCCCAAAACUGAACAUUUUGGCUUCCACUGGUUUGGUAACCGACUCGAGGAUGACGGUUAUCAACUGCUCCCAGGCAUCGACAUUCCUUAUUAUGAGGUGGGCAACUUGUUUUUCCAAGGGGCUGAUGACCUGCCUGAUGAUGUGUGGUCAAACUUCACUGAAGAGGAUCACCACAGCAACAUGGAUCGCAUCAUCAUAAGCAUUUACCCAGACAGGGAAGUACAUAAGGUCUAUGUAACCCAGCAUCAUGGUGAGGUCGGGUUUGAUCGUCAGAACACCUUCUGCAUCAGUAAAGGUUUAGUGAGGAUCAUCAGGAACCUGGAUCUGGAGGAUGGCCUGCUGUGGCAGGUGGGCUACCGCUCUAAAACAAAAUCAUCGCGCAACCUGCAAAUGAACCGUCCCUCCUACCUGCUUCCAUACACAGAGACGCCCAGAGAGCCUGCUGUUGCUCAGACAUGCGUCCCUCAGAGCAGAGGCGGGAGGAGCCCAGGUGGCGGUGAGAGAGAACUGAGAAAUGACAGGCCAGAGAGGAUCUGCAACUGUGUCAUACUGUAGACUGGACCAGAGUACAGCAGCUGGCUGUGGAGACAGUUUCACCUGGAAGAUGAUGGACUGAUAUUUACAUCCCAGGGUUUUCAUUCCAAACACAAUUGCUCCUUUGUGUUUAGUGAAUUGAUUUUGUAUCAAAUGUAAAUGAAUAAAUGUAAAUUAAACAUG